CUAAAACCCGCUCGUUGUGUCGUACGUUGUUGUUUUCGCUCAGUGAUUAUCAAUUUUCCCAACCGAUUUUUGUGGUUCGAGAAAGAAGAUCUUCAUGAAUCUUGGAUAUUAGCUGACGACCCUGGCAAUCAAAGGACUUUAUUGUUGAAAAAAAACAAUGAAAUAAAUUGACAGCAACAGAUGCGUUUGGUCAAAUUUCUGCAGAUGAGACGCCUUCGAGAGAGAAUGUAACAUAAAUCACAUAAAAAGACCAAUAGAAAACUGCAUCUCACUUAGACUCAAUUCUCACCACUCACCCACUUACCACUAUGGACGCUGAAGUACCACCAGAUUCACCUGUGACCCCAGGACUCACUAAGCACUAUGAAGGAUUUGUGGAGAAGAAAGGACCCAGGGACAAGGAUUAUGAGAAGCAGUGGAUAAUACUUCUUGGAGACAGAAUGCUGGCUUAUCCACAGAGACUGGCACAGCGAGAAAUCAACACAACUAAACCUAUAGACUCCUUUGUAAUCAAUAGGACUACAGAGAUUAAGCCUGAUUCGAAGGAGAAGACAAAACUCGCCAUCAAAUGUAAAGAAGGUCACUAUAAAUUCAAGAUGAGUACACCGGACGAAAGAGACAACUGGUGGAUAAGAUUCCAUGCUUUAGCCAAGAUGGAAAUUCCCAAAGUUCAUCUGUUACCUGGACAGAUUAUCGCUCUACAAGAAAUCAUAGAAAAUACUCAAAUGAAUUACCAGACACCCAGCUCAAAUCCUUCAUCUCCUAAUCAAAUUAAGCCAAAGCUACCAGCAGUGACGAGGACGCCCUCGACGAAGACGUUUGUCAAACGACAAUCCCAAGAGGAUAUGGACGCAGGUUUAAAUGGUCAAUACCACUUCUACCCAGACAAACAUCUGAUGGACUUUAAGGACGAUUGUCCAAUUCCACCGACGUGGUUCUUUCAAGUUUCAAGGUUGCAAGCAGAGGAGUUGCUUCUUAACAAUCGGGAGAGUGGUGCGAUUCUCAUUCGUGAAGGAGAGGCCCACGCGGGAUUCUCGCUCAGUAUGAGGCAAGAUCCACCCAAAGGCAACCCCCUAGCCCACCCUACCAUUAAGCACUUCCGCUUUGUCUGGGAAAAGUUCACCUUUAAACUGCUCAUUGAGGAACCGCAACCAAUGAUGCCAACCAUGUAUGACCUUCUGGCUUUCUUCAUCGAAAAACAUGGAGGUGAUAUCAAACCUAUGCAGACGAGAGAUCCAUCCGCCUUAAAGCAGUCGCAACAUCCGUAUGAAUGUGGACUCAAGGGAACCAGGAAAGAUCCAGAAAAUGGUGAGCCCCGUCGCGGUCAUGAAACCUAUCUGGAACCAACGAGAGCACCACCAAUGCCACCAGCUAGGCCGAGGCCUGAUCGCCAGUCCUUACCAGCAUCAUUUAAUGAAUCAUAUAAACCGGGAGAGGCUAUGGGACCAGGAAAUCGGUUGCAUUUACAGACGUCUGCACCCACUAGUAAUACUUCCCCUUACGUGGUACCUGAAUCUUCGAUACCAACGUACGUUAAUGUGGGCCGAGAUACACUCAGAACGAUACAUGAGGGCAAGAAGGACAUACACUCUCGAAGAGCUGAACGCUAUUCUACAACCGACGCCCCAUCUCCCCAUUCAUUCAAUUUAGAUCAACAUCCUCCCCAGCUUCCUCCUCCUCGACAACGGUGUGUCUCCUCCGCUGAUAUGGAGAGUUCGAACCUAGGUACGAGUCGGAAACAAGUUCUCUCCUACAAAAAGAAACCGCGCUCUCAGAGCUUCAAUUCAGGGACUCGUUGAUAGAGUGUGAUAAUAACCCUGCUCCAAGAGAGCUAGAAAAGAUCUUCAAAAAGUUUGGAAUUGCAACAGAGAAAUAGAGGAUGCUGUUUUACAUCUUGCUCUGGCUGGACGACAAGGAUCCCUUCUUUAGAAACUUUGUAAAAUGACCGGAAUUAAAAGUGGAUAAAACCUAUUUGAACAAGAACCCAAUACAAGAUUGUUCAGAGUACAUGGUUACGAAUUUUCAGGUUACAAAUUUUCACUGGCCAGUAUUUCUAUUAUCAAUAUUGAAACCCUACUGUAAUUUACUUGAUGCUGUGCUGCUCUGGAUCACAAUAAUAUACCAUCGAAUUUCCUGACCAUUUCAAUAUCAUCCACAUGGUUUGGAUUGAUAGUAAACUAUGCCAGCGAUGGGAGCUACACUUUACACAGUCAACCCUCCUACUGUUUGAACAUUUAAUACCAUCCACAUGGUUUGGAUUGAUAGUAAACUAUGCCAGCGAAGGGAGCUACACUUUACACAGUCAACCCUCCUACUGUUUGAACAUUUAAUACCAUCCACAUGGGGUGGAUUGAUAGUAAACUAUGCCAGCCUGCAAUAUGAGAUCAUGUGAUGAAUGCAUCUAUGCCGUACACAGUCAACCCUCCUACUGUCUGACCAUUCAAUGACAUCCACUGUAGUUUUGAAUGAUAGAUGAACUGUACCAGCCUGCGAUAUGAUAUUACUUGGUGAAUGCAUCUAUGCCAUACACAGUCAACCCUCCUACCGUCUGACCAUUCAAUAGCGUCCACAUAGUUUUGACUGAAUGAUGCACUAUACCAGCCUGCAGUAUAAUAUCAUGCAGUACACAGUGAACCAUUCUACUGUCUAAGCAUUCAUAUCAACCACUUUGCUUUUGAAUGAAAGAUAAUUUAUGUCAGCCUGCAGUCAACUACCAUACGUCAAAUGAUAACGCAACAAAAAGUGUGGGGGUUGUCUUUCUACUUCCAUCUUCUUCAUGUUCGUGUAUGCAACUGUGCUUCAAGUUAUCAAGGAAAGAAAGGCGCUAGACCACUUCUUCCUCCAAUCAAAGAGAAGGAUGAAAAACAAGAUGGCUGAUUGGGAUAUUAAUAGCAUAUUCAGACAUUUAUUUGAAAAAGGGUUUGAAAGUAGAAAAUAUUGUAAAGAAUAUGUCCAACUUGUUUGUGUUCUAGGAUUAAGUAACUGAGUCAAUGUUGCAGAAUGCUCAACUGUACUGAAACUAAUGGCAUAAAAUUUGCUGUUUUUAAAGGCAGUGGAUACUAUUGGUAAUUGUCAAAGACUAGCCUUCACAGUUGGUGUAUCUCAACAUAUGC